AUGUCAGCUUCCAACAUGAGUGACAAUGGUCUCCCAACAACACUCUUCCUGACAGGCAUCCCAGGACUGGAGUCUUUUCACAUCUGGAUUUCAAUCCCAUUUUGUACUGCAUAUCUGGUAGCACUCCUGGGCAACGCUGCCCUCAUCCUCAUCAUCAGCACAGACAGAGCUCUCCAUGCACCCAUGUACCUCUUCCUCUGCCUUCUCUCUCUCACGGACCUGGCUCUCAGCUCCACCACUGUGCCCAAAACACUUGCCAUUUUAUGGCUACAGGCUGGAGAGAUCUCCUUUAGCGGAUGCCUAGCCCAGAUGUUUUGCAUCCAUUCCAUCUAUGCAUUGGAGUCCUCAGUUCUUCUGGCCAUGGCCUUUGAUAGAUACGUGGCUAUCUGCAACCCGUUGAGAUACACAGUUAUCCUCAACCACACUGUCAUAGGCCAGAUUGGCUUUGCUGGGAUAUUCCGUAGUGUGACUGUUGUGUCCCCCCUUGUCUUCUUGCUGAGGCGACUGCCCUACUGCGGUCACCGUGUCAUGGCUCACACAUACUGUGAGCAUAUGGGCAUUGCUCGACUGGCCUGUGCCAACAUCACUGUCAAUGUCAUCUAUGGGCUGACUAUGGCUCUGCUAGCUGUGGGUCUGGAUUCCAUCCUCAUCGCCAUCUCCUAUGGCUUCAUCCUCCGUGCUGUCUUCCGUCUUCCAUCACGUGAUGCCAGGCACAAAGCUCUGAGUACCUGUGGCUCUCACCUUGGUGUCAUCCUGGUUUUCUACACACCUGCCUUCUUCUCUUUCCUCACCCAUCGUUUUGGUCACAACAGAGUGCCCAAGCAUGUGCACAUCUUCCUGGCUAACCUCUAUGUUCUGGUACCUCCUGUGCUCAAUCCCGUUAUCUAUGGAGCUAGAACCAAGGAGAUUCGGGGUCGGCUUCUGAGAAUGUUUCACCUGGGGAAGGGCUUGGCAUGA